AUGGAAUCUGAAGAUAAAUUCUCAGCAGUCAUUAUCAAAGACGGCAAACCAACUGUACAAGAGGUGGAUGGAAGACCCCUCAAGGAGGGAGAAGUUAAGAUCAGAGUAGAAGCUUCUCCUAUUAAUCCCAGUGAUAGGGGGUUCCUCUCAGGUUCCUAUGGAAUCAAAGAGCUCCUCCCAACUGGAGAAUUAGGAGCUGGCUUUGAAGGAGCAGGAGUCGUUGUUGAGGCUCACGAAUCCGUCGGAACAGAUCUUGUUGGCAAGACAGUUGCUUUCUCUGACAACUGCCAUUCUCCUACUUUUCAAGGCGUGUGGAGGAAGUAUAUCUAUCUUCCAGCUGCAAUUUUGAUUCCAUUCCCAGAGGGAACAGAGCCAUCAAAAGUUUUUGCUGUUUUUGUGAAUCCACUCACCGUCUUGUUGAUGAUUAACCAAGCCAAGAAAUUUGGCCAUAAAGCUCUUGUUCAUGGAGCAGCUUGCUCUACCUUGGGUAAGAUGUUGGCCAAGUAUGCCAAGAAGGUUGAUUUCCCAGUCAUCCAUCUAGUCAGAAGACAAGAGCAAGUUGACAUUUUGAAAGAACUUGGAGCUGAGCAUAUCUUGGAUUCUUCAACUGAGACUUUUGACUCUGAUCUCCAAAAUUUAUCAAAAGAAAUUGGAGCGACUGCCUACUUUGAUCCUAUUGCUGGGGACUUUUGCACACAAGUCUUGACCAAGCUUCCAGCUGGAUCAACUGCUUAUGUUUACGGUGGCUUGUCAGGAAAGCCAGUCACUUUGAGCCCGAUAGAUAUCAUCUUUUACCAGAAAUCUAUUUCCUUCUUGUACCUCUCAGUUUGGUACAAGCAGUCAACUAAAGAGGAGCAAAAAGAAGCUAUAGGAGAAGUCGUAGGAGACCUUAUUGGAGGCGGAGAGAUCUUCGGAUCCCAGCUCUAUAAAACCUACUCUCUCUCAGACCUUGAGACUGCUUUGAGUGACUCUGUAGAACAUGCUACUAAAGGAAAGGUGUGUCUCAACCCUCAGUUAUAAAAUGACGUAUGUGUAUUCACCUAAUUUUAGUUGUCGCAACAAC